AUAUUUUUUGUCGAAAACUAUUCAAAUUUAGAUGGCAACCGAUGCGCUGUACAACGAGGUCGCCGAAAUUAUCCGCUGCGUUUUGGCCAAGGAGAAAAGUGUGAGAAAUGCGGUCUACGGGAGUUCGUAUAAAAACAAAAAGGCGCUUCUCCGACUUUCGUGUGAAUCGCUCAAAUUUCGGCCGGUUUUCGAUGAAAUUCUACAAGAUAAGGAGCUAAAAUCGAUGAAACGCGAUGCGAAUAUCGGUGGAUCCGUCGAGCUGCUCUAUGUGCUCAUGUAUGAGACACUUGUUGGCUCCGGAUUGACCAGAUGCUCUCAGGAGUUGAAAUCUGUAAUUUCAAGGAGAAUUCAGAGGAUUAAGGAGGUGGAGCACGCGAUGCAAGACGAGGGAAGAGGAAUUAAGGCGAUGAAAGAAGCGGACGAUGGAAUGAAAAAGAUCCAAAUCCCCCGAUAUGCGCGUAUCAAUACACUGAAAUGGACUGCAGAUGAAGCUAUGAAGACUCUCGAAACCGAAAAAUGGAAGAUUCUCGGGACACUGAAACCCGAGAAUUUCGCGGAAAUGGUGACAAAAAUGAAGGAUGAUGAGGUGUAUGUGGAUCCGCAUGUCGAGAAUUUGAUUAUUUUUGCGCCGAAUAUUCAGAAUUUUUAUGAAUAUUGGAUGGUUGAGCAGAGAUAUUUGAUUUUACAGGAUAAGGCUUCAUGUCUCCCGGCCUUCCUGCUCAAUCCACGUCCCGGCUCCCAAGUAUUCGACACGUGUGCAGCUCCUGGAAUGAAGACGAGCCAUGCGGCGGCAAUUAUGGAGAAUCAGGGAAAAGUAUGGGCGAUGGAUCGUGCGGCGGACCGUGUAGCCACUAUGAAGCAGCUCCUUGACGCCUCGAAAGUCGCAAUCGCCAGCUCAUUUUGUGGAGAUUUUCUGAAAACUGACGUCACUGAUAAGAAAUUUUCAAAGGUCAAAUUCGCGAUUGUAGACCCUCCGUGCUCUGGAUCAGGAAUUGUUAAGCGAAUGGAUGAGAUUACAGGAGGAAAUGCGGAGAAGGAGCGCCUCGAGAAGCUUAAAAAUUUGCAGGCAAUGAUCCUAAAGCACGCUCUGAAGCUUCCCGGCCUGAAACGAGCCGUCUACUCAACAUGCUCUGUACACGAAGAAGAAAAUGAGCAAGUUGUUGAUGAAGUGCUCCUGGACACGUAUGUCCGUCAAAAUUAUGUGCUCAAGAAGAAUGUGCUCCCAGAAUGGACAUAUCGCGGACUGAAGACCUAUGAAGUUGGAGAACAUUGUUUGAGAGCAAAUCCGAAGGUCACACUUACCAAUGGAUUUUUUGUCGCUGUUUUUGAACGGGUCAAGAGCUCGGAAUAAUUUCAUGGAAUUGUGUUUUUUUUUGUUACUGAAAUUGAUAUAUUUGUUGAGUUAUUGAGUUUUUGUUGUUGAAAAUUGAAAAUUAAAUAAAUAUUGUUUUCGAAAAA